CAGCUGUGUCCCUGUGAUGGAUGGUCGGGUUGGAGGACGAGGAGGUGGAGGAGGAGGAGGCGGAGGACUACGAGGUCAGGAUCCUCCAGACUAUAUGGACAGCUCGAUACUCUCAGCCGAGGACAACCUCCACAGACCUGCAGAUGAAAGAACUGAAAUUAUACUUGCAGCAACCUUCCUGGUUUUAGUUGUUCUCACAUUUAUAGCAUUUAUGAUUUACAGAUGUGAAAAGUCUUUCAACAGAAGAAAAUCUGAGAGACUACCCUCCUCCUAUAGUACAGUAUCCAUUCAAACUGAGCCCAAUAUCUCCUGUAACGGCGGUACAACACUUAUGAACGGCGGUUCCACUGCUCUGAACGGCGGUAUUCAUACAAUAUCUAACGGAGCAAUCUCUACUCUACCCCGGUACAUGAAUGGUGGUAAUCACUUACCCCGGGAUCUGGGAGAUAUAGAGGAACAAGUUCAGGAUUACCGAAUGGAUAUGGAUGGCAGUGUAUACAGGUCUAGAAGUUCAAAGGAUAUGGCCAGGUCAAGGGAGAGCCUGGAGGAUCCACAUCAGUAUAGACUCAAGUGUGAAGAAAUACUAUCCCCUGAUUCUCCUUCUAGAGACCCUAUGGGACAUCUGUAAAUAUCAGGGGAGGACAUGCCACACACAGUAAACAUGCCAGAACUGAUUAUCCUUCUAGAGACCCUAUGGGACAUCUGUAAAUAUCAGGGGAGGACAUGCCACACACGGUAAACAUGCCAGAACUGAUUCUCCUGCAAGAGACACAAUAUGGCAUCUAUAAAUAUCAGGGGAGGACAUGCCACACACAGUAAAAAUGCCAGAACUGAUUCUCCUGCAUGAGACACAAUGGGACAUCUAUAUAUAUCAGGGGAGGACAUGCCACACACAGUAAACAUGCAAGAACUGCUUCUCCGUCUAGAGACACAAUGGGAUCGACGUCUGUAAAUAUCAGGAGAGGACAUGCCACACACAGUAAGCAUGCAAGAGCUGAUUCUUCGUCUUCAGACACAAUGGGACAUUAUAAAUAUCAGGAAAAAAACGGUCAAUAAGCAAGAAAUUAUAUCUGUAUAAUUGUGAAUUAAAAGAAAUCCGAAAAGGCAAAUAUGAGUUUGAGUAUUUUUGAAUUUUUUCAAAAAUCGGUGUUUUCGAAUAAAAUAAAAAGAAACAGGACCCUAUAUCUCUGACUCCCCAAACAAAGCAAGAAACAAUUUAAAACCCACCUAAAGUAAGAAAAUUUAUGCUUUUUACCCUAAACUGGUUGUGAUUGAAUACAACAUACAGCCUCUAAUAUGUAGCAUAAAUACAUCUCUAAUUGAACAAUGACCAUACAUUACAUAUAGUAUAUGACAAAGUCGUUCAUUGCACAUGCUAAAACGGAUUCCUUUCAUUAAGCAUACAAUUUGUAGGGUAAAUAGUUAUCUUAAAAUGUUUUUAUUCAAAAGGUCCUAAAGAUUCUUAGGUACCUAACAAUCUUGCUGGAGAUAAGGGUUCUUUAUAGACCCAAAAAUUCCUUUAUUUUAUGGGGCCCUAGAAAUCCCUAAUUGGACCACAAAACACUUCCUGGUAUAACAGGGCCCCUAAUUGAUAUUCAAGCAAAUUCGAUUCUUUCAACUUAAAACUGAUUAACAAAAAAGGAUGAAGGGUGAAAAUAUGUGUUUUAUUAAAAAAAUUGAAAAUAAAUUUCUGACAUGAUUUUUAAAAUCUUUGUACCUGUCUCUUUUAGUAGAAGCUGAAAGGGACUGUACACGUAAUUUUAGGUGAUCACUGACUAUCCCUAUAAAGGAUAUGCAUGCAUAAUUCACAACGGUACCCUUUAAAUCUUUAUCUGAGAAACAAUAAGAAAGAUAUCAUUGAUUUCAAUCUUAAAUCCGCAUGUCACAUGCACAGAGAAACCACGCUUGGAAAUUAUCAAAGACGGGGGGAACCCUUGUGAAUGGGAAAGUCCUUUAUUAAAUGGAGAUUCAAUAGAAAUUACGUUGACAGUUCCUUUAAGCAUCAACCAUUUGAUAAUCUUUGAAAAUAAACCUUUUUUCAUUUGUUAAAU